AUGACUACUUGGGAAGAAGUCAGAGAUAACAAGUUGGCCACCCAAAAGGUCUUACUUAAAGAUUAUUUGUUUCCUGAAGAUAAAGUUCCAUCACCACAAGAAUUAAAUGAUGUAACAAAUUUCAUAGACUCAUCAUCACUUUUAACGCCUGAAGAGAAGAAAAUCACCAACCUUACAGUUACUGAACUUUUAAAAGCUUACGAAUCUUCUGAACUAUCAUCUGUCGAGGUAGCUAAAGCUUAUUUCAAGAGAUCCACCCUUGCACAUCAAUUAACUAACUGUCUUACUGAGAUCAGAUUCGAUGAGGCAUUGAAAGAAGCUGAAGAAUUGGAUGCAUUUUUCAAACAAAAUGGAAAAUUGAAAGGUCCAUUACAUGGUAUAAUUGUUUCUUUCAAGGACAAUCUUAACAUCAAAGGAUUGGCUUCAUCUAUGGGAUUUGUUGGUUUAGCUAACGAUAUCCAUAAUGAAGAUUCCGCCUUCGCUACUUUAAUUAAAAGAUUAGGUGGGAUUAUAAUUUGUAAGACCAAUACUUCAGCUGGAAUGGCAUAUUCAGAAACUACCAAUGUUUUAUGGGGAAGAACCUUAAAUCCUUUAAAUAGACAAUAUUUAAAUGUUGGUGGAUCAUCAGGUGGUGAAGGUGCUUUAGCAGCAUUAAAAGGAAGUUGCUUCGGUGUUGGAAGUGAUAUCGGUGGUAGUGUAAGACAUCCUGCUGCAUUAAAUAAUGUGUAUUCAAUCAAACCAAGUUCAGGAAGAUUCCCAAAAUAUGGUACUGUUUCAGGUCAAGCUGGUCAAGAAUCCAUCGUUUCGAUUUAUGGAAUCUUGGCUCAUGAAGUGGAAGAUUUAGAUUUUGUCAUCAAAACUAUCAUUGAAUCAAAACCUUACAUAGACAUUGAUGCCAGUUGUAUACCUUUGGAUUACAGAUUAAUCACUUUACCCGAAAAAUUGACUAUAGGUAUUAUGAAAUCCGAUGGUCUUAAUACCAUCACCCAACCAGUACUUAGAGGAUUGGAAAUGGUGAAGAACCUUUUAAUUGAGCAAGGACACAAUGUAAUUGAAUGGGAAGACACCUAUUUCAGAGAAAUUAGGUCAACCAUUUAUCCAUUCUAUAGUGCUGAUGGUAUGAAGCAUGUUAAAGGAAUCUUGGAAAAAUAUAAUGAACCUCCAGAUUCACAUCUUGUUAAUGUUUUACCUGCCUGUGAAGAUAUGUUAGUAUCAGAUCUUUGGAAAAGUCAAAAGGAAAGACAAGCUUUAGCUCAUAAAUAUUUAGAAUUAUGGAAUAAUAAAGGUGAAAGGUUAGAUGCCAUUAUUUCAGCUUCAUCACCUUAUCCAGCUUGUUUAUGGAACAGAAUUGUUCCUCAACCAUUGAAUUCAAUUUGGAAUGCUUUGGAUUACACUGCUGGUACCUUCCCCGUCACCAGAUGUGAUAUAAAUAUCGAUAAACCCCAAGAAAGAACAGAAUUCAUUACUGAAUCAGAUAAAGAAGUUUACGAAACUUAUAGGGAUAAUCUUGAAAAAUUCCAAGGAGGACCUGUUUCUUUACAACUUAUCUGUAACAAAUUAGAGGAAGAGAAAUGCAUUUCAUUGAUCAAAUACGUUUCAGGAUUAUUAAAAGAAAGUAAAUAG